CAUUUUUUUCGGUGAAGAGGAUAAAUCGGGUUAAGCUUGUCCAGACCCCGGAAGUAGAGGGUUUGCAGGCUUGGAGGAGAUCGUGAGGCUUAAGUAGGCGCUAACAUUUGGCUCCGCUUGAGCGGAGGAAGGAAACUAUAGUAGGUUGCGCCGGGGCUGCGUUCUACGGGGAGGCUAGGCUGAUUUAAUCUAGGAAAGUCUUGCCGCUCCCUGGGCUUUCUGCCGGGAGAGUCCCAGCGUUUGCGGCUGGCAUGGUGCUGGCGCCGGCGUUCGGUGCUUGCGUUUUUCGGAGGGAGCAGCCCGAGCGGAGGAACCGCGAUGGAAAUGCUGCUGCUGCAACCGUUGGGAUGUACCAAAUUAUGCCAGCAGAAACCUCUGGAUUUAAAAGAUGAUAAUACUGAAAAACACUGUCCUGUUACAGUGAAUCCUUGGCACAUGAAGAAAGCUUUUAAAGUUUUGAAUGAAUUAAGAAGUCAAAACCUAUUAUGUGAUGUGACAAUAGUAGCUGAAGACAUGGAAAUUGCAACUCAUCGAGUUGUAUUAGCAGCUUGCAGUCCAUAUUUCCAUGCAAUGUUUACAGGUGAAAUGAGCGAAAGCCAAGCACAGGAAGUUCGAAUCAAAGAAGUUGAUGGUUGGACCCUUAAGAUGCUCAUUGAAUACAUUUACACAGGGGAAAUUACAGUUACAGAAGAAAAUGUUCAGGUACUACUCCCAGCAGCUAGUUUGCUCCAACUGCAAGAUGUAAAAAAAAGUUGCUGUGAUUUUCUGGAAACUCAGCUUCAUCCAGUCAACUGUUUGGGCAUUCAGGCAUUUGCUGAUAUGCAUGCCUGCAUUGAGCUUCUAAACAAGGCCAACACAUAUGCAGAACAGCACUUUACUGAGGUUGUACUAGGUGAGGAAUUUCUCAGUCUUGGUGUAGAACAGGUGUGCAGCUUAAUAUCCAGUGACAAACUAACAGUAGCAUCAGAAGAAAAGGUAUUUGAAGCAGUGAUUGCUUGGGUUAACUAUGACAAAGAUGUGAGGCAAGAACUCAUGGCACGUCUGAUGGAACAUGUUCGAUUACCUUUGCUGUCAAAAGAAUAUUUGGUCCAGAGAGUUGAAGAAGAGAUACUUGUUAAAAAUAGCAAUGCAUGUAAAGAUUACCUAAUUGAAGCAAUGAAGUACCAUUUGUUGCCACUUGAGCAAAGAGCUUUGAUGAAGUCCAUACGAACAAGGUUAAGAACACCUUCCUGUCUUCCAAAGGUGAUGGUAGUGGUAGGAGGGCAAGCACCAAAGGCUAUCCGCAGUGUGGAGUGUUAUGAUUUUAAAGAACAGCGAUGGCACCAAGUUGCUGAACUGCCUUCCAGAAGAUGCCGGGCAGGAGUUGUAUACAUGAAUGGUCUUGUCUUUGCUGUUGGUGGCUUCAAUGGCUCCUUGAGAGUUCGUACUGUGGAUUCUUAUGAUCCAGUAAAAGACCAGUGGACAAGCAUUGCUAGCAUGCAAGACAGAAGAAGCACUUUGGGCGCUGCUGUAUUAAACGGGCUUCUAUAUGCUGUAGGAGGUUUUGAUGGGAGUACAGGUUUAUCCUCAGUAGAAGCUUAUAAUAUGAAGACUGAUGAAUGGUAUCAUGUAACUCCAAUGAACACAAGGAGAAGUAGUGUUGGAGUAGGUGUAAUUGGAGGUAUGUUGUAUGCAGUUGGUGGCUAUGAUGGUGCAUCGCGUCAGUGCCUUAGCACAGUGGAAUGCUAUAACUAUAAUACAAAACAGUGGACCUAUGUUGCAGAGAUGAGUACUCGACGUAGUGGAGCUGGUGUUGGGGUUUUAAAUAACUUAUUAUACGCAGUUGGAGGACAUGAUGGCCCUUUAGUUAGAAAAAGUGUUGAAGUUUAUGAUCCCACCAUCAAUGUAUGGAAACAGGUUGCAGAUAUGAACAUGUGUAGGAGAAACGCAGGGGUUUCUGCUGUAAAUGGACUUUUAUAUGUAAUUGGAGGAGAUGAUGGCUCCUGUAACUUGGCCACAGUGGAAUAUUAUAACCCGAUGACAGAUAAAUGGACAGUUGUAUCAUCAUGUAUGAGUACAGGAAGAAGUUAUGCAGGUGUGACUGUUAUUGACAAACCAUUGUGAAUUGGUGCAGAUUUUCCCGUCUUCAUUAUGCACUUAAAACCAAGCUUUAACAAGUAGUAUUGAAGUGAUUAAGCAUCAAAGCACUUCUCAACUUGUGGCUGUGCACUGACACAUGUUGGAAACUGCAAUUAAGGUUUAAAAUGAAGAUUAUUCCAGGUUGAAGCAAAGUGUAGCAUUAUUCCACAGUAGGCUGCAUCUACUGGAGAUGUACAAAACUGUAUGGACCUUAUUUGCUGGUUUCUAGACAAAACUCAUUUUCUUAAGAGCCAAUCAUGUCUCCCAUAUGGUUGACUAUAGAUUUUUUUUCCUGGUAGAACAUAAAGUAAUGUGUUCUGGUGAAAGUAAACAAAAUAGAGAUUUUGGGGAGUAAAAUGUCCAUGAAUAGUAGGUUUUAUGCCUGCAUUACUUUUUCUCAAUCAUCUUUGGUCAUAUUACAAAUGUUUGCAUAUUUAUAAAUUUUCUUCAUAUUUGUUAGGGACUUGCUGAUACUAUUUAUAACUGGCAUGGUAUUCCAAUACUACAUUGUAAAACAGAGGUGUAUAUUUUGAUAUUUACUAAUGCCAUGAAACUGAAACCGCAAAAAUCUCAAUUAAAAAGUGUUUUAACUUAUAUACUGGUGAUUUCUAGUCAGCAAGAUCCCUUUGUUAUGUUUUGAUGUAUUUAUCUUAAUUGUAAUUGGACAUGGUAAUAAUUAUGGAUUAAAAUGAAUGUAUGGGGUUAUUUUACUUGCAUGGCAUUUAAAACUCUUCCCGUGUAACAAUAUUUAAAGUUUGUAAUUAUUUAAAACUGUUAGCUGCUAUUAAUUACUGCUAUUAAUUAUUAUAUGUGAACAUAUUUGUACAAGAAAUAUAUUAAACUGGAUGUAUUAAAUUUGACCCAAAGUAUUGUCAUUUUGAUCUGUUUUCUUUAAUAAAAAUUUACAUACUUUUCUCAA